AUGGCGGAGAAGAUCAUCCCGCUGAAGACGCUGUUCGGCAACCCGGUCCGCACGUCGCCGACCAUCUCCCCCUGCGGCACGUUCCUGGCCUACCUCGCGCCGUCCAAGGAGGACGUGCUCAACGUGUGGGUGCGCACGGUCGGCAAGGACGACGACCGCCAGGUCACGAACGACACGCACCGCGGCAUCCGGCAGUUCAUGUUUGCCGAGGACGGCAAGCACAUGCUCUACCUCCAGGACGUGGGCGGGGACGAGAACUUCCACCUCUGGGCGUGCCCGAUCGAGGGCGGGGAGGCGCGCGACCUCACGCCCGGCGACAAGGUCCGCGCGCAGAACCUCGCCGCGGACCGCAAGUUCCCGGGCGUGGUCCUGGUGGGCAUGAACCGGCGCAACGAGCAGCUGUUCGACAUGUACAAGGUGGACGUGGCGACGGGCGAGGCCGAGAUGGUGGCGGAGAACCCGGGCGACGUGCUGUCGUGGAUGACGGACGACGAGCUCGCGGUGCGCGGGUGCAUGACGAUGAACCCCGCCGACGGGAGCAAGACGCUGCGCGUGCGCGACACGGUCGACGCCGAGUGGCGCGACCUGUACACGUGGCCGCACGACGAGGUCGGCUCGCCGCUGAUGUUCAGCAAGGCCGGCGACGAGAUCUACGCGUCGACGUCGAUCGGGUCGGACACGGGGCGCCUGGUCAAGCUGUCGACCAAGGACGGGUCGAUCUCGGCCGAGGUGGCGCAGGACGCGCGGUGCGACGCCGGCGCGACGAUCGUCGACGAGGAGGCGCGCGUCGUGCAGGCCGUGGGCUUCAACUACCACAAGCGCGAGUGGACCUUCCUGGACGACACCGUCAAGGCCGACGUCGAGUACCUGCGCUCGGUCGUGCCCGACGCCGAGCCCUCCGUCAUGUCGCGCAGCAACGACGACACCACCUGGGUCGUCGCCUUCUCCAGGGACGUGGGGUCGACGGCGUUCUACCUGUACAAGCGCGGGUCGGACGGCAGCAAGAGCACGGAGUUCCUGUUCACGUCGACGCCGGAGCUGGACGAGUUCAAGCUGGCGCCCAUGGAGUGCGUGGAGGUGCCCGCGCGCGACGGCCUGACGCUGCCGGCGUACCUCACGCGGCCCGUGCUCGCCGACGGCGCCGAGGCGAAGAACGUGCCGCUGGUGCUGCUGGUGCACGGCGGGCCGUGGGCGCGCGACGGCUGGGGCUGCCUCCCGCAGCCGCAGUGGCUGGCCAACCGCGGGUACGCCGUCCUGCAGGUCAACUUCCGCGGCAGCACGGGGUACGGCAAGGCGUUCCUGCACAAGGGCGACGGCGAGUGGGGCCAGGGCACCAUGCAGCACGACCUCUCCGACGCCGUCAAGUGGGCGAUCGACCAGGGCAUCGCCGACCCGAAGAAGGUCGCCAUCAUGGGCGGCAGCUACGGCGGGUACGCGACGCUCGCGGGCCUCACCUUCACGCCGGAGCUCUACUGCUGCGGCGUCGACAUCGUGGGCCCCUCGCACAUCAAGACGCUGUUCGAGAGCAUCCCGCCGUACUGGAAGCCGAUGAAGAAGCAGCUGAUCCAGCGCGUCGGCGACGUGGAGGGCGACGAGGAGGUCAACAAGAAGAUCUCGCCGCUGUUCCACGUGGACAAGAUCGCCGCGCCGCUGCUCAUUGGGCAGGGGCGCAACGACCCGCGCGUCAAGGUGGCCGAGUCGGACCAGAUCUACGAGGCGAUGAAGGCCAAGGGGCUCGCCGUGGAGUACCUGCUGUACGAGGACGAGGGCCACGGGUUCGCGCGCCCGCCCAACCGGAUGGACUUUUACUCGCGCACCGAGCAGUUCCUGGCCAAGCACCUCGGGGGGCGCGCGGAGGAGCCGCUCAAGGUCGACAACACCUCCGUGCGGGUCGUGCACGAGGAGCUCGCCGCCCAGGCCUAG